CUAGCAGGUGAGGGGUGUCCAAGUCCUCUGGCGAGUGAUUCGUGUUUGUGAGGGGUAUUGUGUAGAUUGUGAAUUGAUCGAUCUAUUAUGGGCCAGUAGACCUUCUGUAGUGCUCGACAUUUCUUAUGUUUUUGAGUCAGUUGUAUGUCCAACAUAAUGGAGAAUAGCACCUGUGGUGUGUGCAGUCUUACAUAUGACACGGAGCAACAUGUUCCCUUGGUAAUGAAGUGUGGUCACGACUACUGUAAGACAGUGCCUGCAGAAGUUGGUGAAGAAGGAGAGCUUGACGUGCCCUUUUCCCGCCUGUAGGGCUCGCUACGAGAAACUCAAUAUGAGUGAACUCACGAAGGUCCUCGGGUUGAUCCCUAAAACGAAGAUACCGGUACCUCGAAUUGUCUCACCUACCACUGACACUUCAAUUCAGGAGCGAGGAGAGAGCAGAUAUCAUUGCCACAGGACCUUCCCUGCAUUACUGACUUCCAUACACACUUGCACUAGACAUACAAAGUACCAAACAUAUCGUGGAACGUACAAGCCAAUUGGUCCUACCUUGACUGCCGAAAAUUGGAAUUUAAGUCACAACAGCCUAGUUUACUUUCCAGGGCUUGAAAUGGAGAACUACCAGACGACAGUGGGAAGAGAGGACCAAUCAUCAAGCUCUGGAGUUAGUUCUAUGUCCGAUAGAAGCAACAAAAACACAUGUGGGGUGUGCUGUCAGAAGUAUGCGCCAGGAAAGCAUGAUCCCCUUCUGCUUCCCUGCGGUCACGACUUCUGUAGGAUGUGCCUGGAGAAGCUCGAGACGGCGGAGGGCUUACUGUGCCCUUCUCCCACCUGCGGGAAUCACCACUGUACACUCAAAGUGAUCAACCUCGCUAUCAUCUACGACAUACUCCGCGACACACAUUCUACACCUCAGACACUCUACACUCGCUCUCAGGAACUGCAGGUGAAGAUUAUUGACAUGAUGGGCCACAUGGGCUCCAUUAAGAUCUCUCUGGGGGAAACAAUCGGCGACGUGAAGAAGAGACUCGAGGCCAGGUACGGCAGUAACCCUGUAGAGACGAGCAUCAUCUUCAAGGGCAUCACAAGGCAUGACCAAUGUACCAUACAGGAGCUAGGCCUUACAACUGGAAGCACCCUCCAGGUGACCUCCAUCUUCUUGGGUGGAGGAGAGCUAUAUUUCGCUUUACCCAGAGCUAAAUGUACUCUGUAAUAAAGGUUUUGGCCUAUAUAUCUACCAUGCUUAUCGGUAAUUUCCUGCCAUUCUACAUGGGACACGACUCUACAAGUAUCGACAACCAGGAAGAGGACUGGGAUUCGAGAUGUGUAAACAAGCAGAGUGGCAGGAUUGUAGGCAAAGUCACAACUGACUCCUUCAUUCCCGAAGGAUCGAAGACGCUACUCGUGACGAAAGGACCGUGUUUUUUUUUUUUUACCUACACCUUACUGGCAACACCAUACCAGCUCCGGAGUGGCAUGAUUAUUAAAGAGUAUUGUAUACAAAAUAAUGCAAGCGAAAAGUCAGUUGAAAAAUGCUUGCUAGCACCACUAUGUAUAAGAAGUAGUGUAAGCGAAUGCAACUCUGCAAGUUAAAAAAAAAUCAAUAACAAGUUGCUUUAGUUAUAAUUCUCACAUUAUCUGGAUUUGGUAUACGACUGGUAAAUUCAGAAUGGAUUCUGACAGCUGAAUGAGGUAUUAAAUAUUAGAUACGCAGGAAAUAACUUCCAAAAUUUUAAGUUUACUUAAAUGCUGGUUAUUUGUGUACUGAUCCAGCCAAGUAUUGUGAUUCUUUAUUCUUUGAAUCCAGAUGAAUUUAAAAUGAUAGCUAAAACAUAUAAUAUGGUGGAAUAUUUCACCCACCUGUAGCCCUUCCCCUGGGGAU